AGUUACUUUCUAAAUUGCUGACAAAUUGUGUUUAAAAAACGGAUAUUUAAAAGUGAGAUAUUUGAAAGUGUUUUGUGUAAAAAAAAUAAUAUAUAUAUAUAUAUUUUAUUUUUUAUUUUGUAUAGCCGUUAAACUGAGUUUUAUUAUAUCUUCCAGCACAUUCGUGGCGCUAAUGAGCAGUAAAAGUAAAAAAACAACAAUAUUGAGCGCGGAAACAAACUCGUGCAGAUUUUAUUUCUAUUAGUAUUAUUAUUAGUAUUAUUUUAAAGCUAUAGCGUAAUUUUCUCGUUGUGAUAUUAUUUAUUGUAGGUAUUGAAAGUAUAUAUUUAAUGGUCGGUGUUUGUAGUGUCGGUCUUUUCCCGAGUUUAAGGUUUUUGGGCCCGCACGAGGACACAAUGGUGACAAGUUAGCAUCGUUAGCUAACGUUUACAUUCGCCUCAGACUGAGUAACAGAGACAUAAAUAAUAAUAAUAAGAAUAAUAGUGACAAAUGUCGGGGUUUAACUUUGGAACAACUGCCCUGGGCACUACUAACACUGGGGGCUUUUCCUUUGGAGCAGCAGGCAGUGCCCCUGCUGCAGGAUCCGGUGGCUUCAACUUUGGUGGUCUGGGUGCAGCUCCUUCCAGCACCAACACUACAACCACCACCACCUCGUCCCUGGGCCUCGGUGGCAACCUGUUCGCCCAGAAACCGGCCACUGGGUUCUCUUUUAACACACCUGCCUCAGGAGCUGUUGCACCAUCCACCGGCCUCACUUUAGGAACUCCCGCCACCACUUCUGCUCCAACCGCCGCCUCCACCGCGGGUUUCGGAUUUGGUUUUGGAAAGCCGGCGGCUUCGGCGAGUCCGUUUUCUCUGAGCACCUCCAGCACCUCCACGGCCCCUGCAGCUACUGGUCUUACCCUGGGCUCCGUCAUCACCUCAUCAGCACCUCAGAGUGGAUUAUCUUCAGGGUUCUCACUCAACCUGGGAGGAGGGGCCGUUUCCUCCGCUCCACCCACCGGGCUCAGCCUAGGCUCCUCGCUUUUCUCCAGCUCAACAGGUCUUGGGCAGUCGACUCUGGGUGGAGGUCUGACUUUAGGUGGUUUGCUCUCAGCCUCCACGGCAGCUACGGCUCCCGUCGCCCAAGUGCCUAGUGUGGGGUUGGGUGGAGUCGACUUCAGCACCUCAUCGGAAAAGAAGAGCGAUAAAUUAUCUGGUGCUCGACCAGAAGACAGUAAAGCGCUGAAAGAUGAAAACCUGCCUGCUCCGAUCUGUCAGGAUGUCGACAACUUCCAGAGGUUUGUUAAGGAGCAGAAGCAGGUUCAGGAGGAGAUCAGUCGCAUGUCCUCUAAAGCCAUGAUGAAGGUUCAGGAGGACAUUAAGAGCCUGAAGCAGCUCCUGUCUGUGAGCGCCAGCGGCCUGCAGAGGAACGCUCUCUCUAUAGACAAGCUGAAGAUGGAGACAGCGCAGGAGCUGAAGAACGCUGACAUCGCGCUGAGGACCCAGAAAACUCCUCCUGGACUUCAGCACGAGAACUCGGCUCCCUCAGAUUAUUUCCGAGGCCUGGUGGAGCAGUUCGAGGUGCAGUUACAGCAGUACCGCCAGCAGAUUGAGGAACUGGAGAACCAUCUAACCACACAGAGCAGCGGUUCUCACAUCACCCCUCAAGAUCUGUCUCUGGCCAUGCAGAAGCUCUACCAGACGUUUGUGGCUUUGGCUGCGCAGCUGCAAGUCGUCCAUGAGAAUGUAAAGACGUUGAAGCACCAGUACCUGAGCUACAGACGAGCUUUCCUAGAAGACUCGACGGACGUGUUCGAGUCGAAGCGAAGCGCCAACCGGAAACUGCAGAGUUCCCCGAGAGUCACCACCGGCCCUACGCCCUUCGGCUCUGUCCCAAACGCCGCUGCCGUUGCCAUGGCUGCCACGCUCACACAGCAGCAGCAGCCUGCUCCAGGAUCUCAGGCGGGUUUUGGCACUCCCUUUGCCUCGAGCAUGGGCACUAGUAUGGGCUCCAGCAGCCUCGGAGCUUUUGGUAGUGGCCCGGCGUUCGGCGCCUCGGCGACAGGAGGCUCAGCGUUCGGUUUUUCUGCUAACAAGCCGUCUGGAGGGAGCUUAAGCGCAGGGUUCGGAAGCUCUACCACCUCUGGCUUUAACUUUAGUAACCCGGGAAUCAACGCGUCGGCCGGUCUGACCUUCGGAGUGUCCACGACGCAGAGCGCGGGCUUCGGCACCGGAGUCCUACAGCUGAAAAAACCUCCAGCGGGCAACAAGAGAGGCAAAAGAUAGAAGUGAACAGCAGUACAAGUGAUGGAUAAAGGGAAGUAAAAGAGGUUCAGGCCACAGGGCGUGAAGAUUAUUGCCAGGUAUUUGUGAUGGAUGCAGUUCAAGGACGUGUGUGUGUGUGUGUGUGUGUGUGUGUGUGUGUGUGUGUGUGUGUGUGUGUGUGUGUGUGUGUGUGUGUGUGUGUGUGUGUGUGUGUGUGCGCGCACAAGCAUUCAUCUAGUGUUUGAGAAGUAUAAUUUAAAGAGCACUGACAUGACUUUUUUAUGUAGAGAAUGUCUGCAGAUGGUCAUUUUGUUUUUCUCUGUGCUCUGUUCUGGUGUACAGCCUGUCCUUCCCCUGUCCUUAUCCUGUCUUUAUCCUGUCCUUGCCCUGUCCAUCACUGCAAAACGUCCUCUGUUCUGUCUCACUAUGUUCUAAUAAAUGAUAAUGUUCAGUAUUUUGGCCCUGAUUUUGUCUUGCGUUGCUGUUUUGUUGUUGUUGUUUUUUUUUGUUUUGUUUGUUUUCCUGAGGUUACAAAAACGUUUUCAAUACUUUGUGGAAACUUUAAUAAAAAGCUUUAUUAAUAAAAAAGAAACUUAUUUCUUCAA